GUGUGAAAUAAUUUACCGCAACUUUCACAUCAUGAACACAAAAAACUUUUGUUUACAUCCAAUGAGAAGCAUUUAGGCUUAAAGUGUUUUAGUUUAAGUUGAUUUUGUUUCAAUUUUAAUUUCAAAAAUGGAAGGUGAAAGUAUCGCUAAUUCAACAUUGGAGGAGAGUUUAGAAGGUCCAUACUUGAUUCGUGUGGAACAACCAGUUAAUGCUGAAAAGACGUUCAUUGCUCCAUCUAAAACAUUAUCACAACCAGUGGAUGAUGAAGAAGAGGAAUUCUCUUUAGACUCACUGGACUUUAAUUUUACUUCCUAUGGAGAUGCUAACUGUAAUCGGCGUAGCAUUAUUGGCCAAUUGAAUAGUGCUAACAAUUUAUCCGCUAUAGCAGCCGAGUAUGCCUCAACCUCAAUUGAAGAAAGUGUUGAUGAUGCUGAAGAAUCUGAAGUAAAGGAACCAUCAGCUGAUGUUAGUGAUGAAUUUGAUCCUUUUGACCUUUUGGAAACAAAAAAGGUGUUCAAUUUUAAAGACCUAACUGCCAAACAAGCUCUUACAACAAUGAAUAAGCUGAAUAGUAAAGUGGAAACCUGUAAAAAAAUGUAUCCGACCAUGAUAAAGGACAAUGUAAAGAAGAAUUUAGAGAAUCUGGAGGCUCAAUUAAGAUCUAAGGUCCAAGAUCUUGAAGAGGAAAGAAAAAAGCCGAUUACCAUCGAUGAAGACGAAGAGAAUGGCCUGCUGGUCAAGAUUAUCCAUCAAUUGGAACAUAAGUUGAACUCACUCAAUGAACAUUUAAAAAUUGCUUCGGAUCUCAUGAAGUCAUAUGCAACCGAAUGAUUUCCGCUCUUCUCUAUUUUCUUAUCCAUGUCCUUGCAAAUCUGUAGAGGCACCAUGAUAAUACAGCAUUUGUUUUAUGAGCUUCCUUUUAUUGUGAAUCUGGUUUUAUUCUCUUAAAUGAUCUUAUUCUUACAUGGUCCAAGCCGAUAAUUUUCAAAGUAUACUUUUAUCUGGACAAGCCUCAAGUGAUAUUAAAGUAAAGUUACAAAAAUGUCAUCAUAAGGUGCAUUAUAUAAAGAUGAGAUCAAAAAAGGUUCCCAGAUGAAAUAAUAAAAAUACCCAUUUGUCUAGAA